CCGCCCUCACGCUCCAUAUUCAUGAGGCGGCCGCGCCUGGUUGACGUCCCAUUGGCCCGCGCCGCCGCCGCUCACCCAGUCCCGCCUCCUUCCCCCGGCCGUGACUCACCAGGGCGUGGAGCCGGUCCCGCAGCGCAGCCCGCGCCCUCCCCCCGCAGCCGGCAGAGGCGCAGCCCCGGCGCCGCGCUCAUUGUUCCGCCCGCUCCAGGCACCAUGGACGAGCUGGACCAGUCGCCCCUGGUCUCCUCCUCCUCCUCCUCCGGGCCCCCGCGGCCGCAACAGCCCCAGUUUAACUACCAGUUCGUGCUGGACGACGAGAAGGAGGAGGACGAGGACGAAGAGGAGGAAGAGGAAGACGAGGACUUCGACGAGCAGCUGGAGGUGAUGGAGAGGAAGCCCGUCGCGGCCCCUCAGGAGCGGCCCUCGCCGCCGCAGGACCGCGGCAGCCCCGCCGAGCCGCCCCGCCCCGCCGCGCCCGAGCCCGAGCGCGAGCCGCCGCAGCCCGCCUGGAGCCCGCCGCCCGCCGCCUCCUCCUCCUCGUCCGCCGCCAGCACGCCGUCCCCCGGCCCCGAGCGGCCCGCGCCGCCCCAGCCGGAGCCUCGCAGGAGAGGGUCCUCCUCCGGCUCGGCGGACUAUAAAUUGUUACGUCAGUGGCUUGUCGCACAAGAUGAGACCCUUUUUGCUCUUCCUGCUACAUCUGCGCCUCUGAUGCACUCCUCUUCAGACAAAGUUGUGGACUUGCAGGAGCAGCCAGGUAGCACUAAGUCACUUGGUCAAGAGGAUUUUACUGCAGUCCCGCUUGAUACUGCUGCUUCUCUUCUCUCCUUCUCUCCUCUCUCAGCUGAUCCCUUUAAAGAGCACGCAGCCUUUGAUACACUCUCAGAUGGAUUACCUGCAAGAGGCAUUUACAAAGAAAGUGCAAGUGAGGUUUGUAAAGAAACAAUGGAAAAUGUAAGAAAUCCAUUCCUUGCAGAGGGAAGUAAGAAAGACACUUCCGAGAUGAAAUACUCAGAAAUGGAACCCUCGUUUGCUAAAGCAGAAGCAGCCAUUUUAUUUCAAGCUGAAGAAGAAGUGCAGCUAGAGGGCCCUAAAGAAUUAUGUGAUCUGGGGAAAAUGCCUGCACAGCAGCUGGGUAUGUCUCCAGAAACUCCUAAAGAUUUGUUUGAGAAAAAUGAGGAAGACGUCUUUUCUAGCAAAGAUAAAGGCAGAGAUGCUGAUCAUGGUGACAAAAAGGCACUGAAAGAAGACGCUGUUCGAAGGGAAGAGUAUGUAGACUUCAAACCGUAUGAGCCCAUAUGGGAAGUAAAAGGUGCUAGUGAUGGACUGAGCAGCUUGAGGGAGGACACUGAAAGUAAGAUAGAUGGCAAACUGGAAACCAGUUUAGAUGAGAAAUAUGGUGUAGAUAAGCUGGCAGCACUGAAGGAUUAUGAAAGAGACAGUGAAGGCAGUGCUGAAGAUCUGUCUUUCCCAAGUACCCCAGAAGCUGUAAAAGAACCUUCACAGAAUUACAUCACCUGUACUAAAUUUGAAUCCUCUAUAACUCCUGAUGGUAACGAAGUCAAAUCUAUUUGCCCAGUAGAAGAAGAUGCUUCAGAAAAUAGAACUGAUGACGAGAAAAAAAUUGCAGAAAUGAAAGCUCAGAACACAGAACAAGGUGAUUUUAGCUCUCGAGCAGUUGGCAAGCAGGAAGGCCUGGAAGCUGACGAUGCUAAAACAGAUAGCGCAUCAACACCGCUAUCCGACACUGCAGCAAGUAUGCCUGAAGGUCUCACUCCUGAUCUAGUACAGGAAGCAUACGAAAGUGAAAUGCACGAUGCAGCGAGUACAAAACUUGCUUAUGAAACAAAGAUUGACUUAGUUCAAACCUCUGAGUCAGUACAAGAGACUCUGAAACCUGUGACGCAACUCUGCCCCUCUUUUGAAGGUUCGGAAGCUGCUCCAUCACCAAUAUUGCCUGAUAUUGUCAUGGAAGCCCCGCUGAGCAGUGGGACUGCUGGUGCAGAAGCAUCUACUGUGCAGCUCGAAGCUUCUCCAUUAGGAACGUUUGUUAGUACUGCUAGUUAUGAGAAUGUAAAACAAGAGGCUGAGAAACCUCCCUCGUACCAAGAGGCACUGAAUGCACCAUUGGCACUGGCCCAAGAAGCAGAAGAGGAAUUGACACUUAAGAAACCUGAUCGUGAGAGUAGCACCAGUCCUGAAGAUCUAGAGACUUCGUAUAUAUCUAUUGCAUGUGACUUAAUUAAGGAAACAAAGGUCUCUGGUGAAUCUGCUUCUCCAUCCUUAACAGAUUAUUCAACAACACCAAUAACAGAACACGUUUCUCAGGGUGUGCCUGAACACAAGGAACUUGGUGAAAAACUGUCUCCGCAGUUUGGAAAAUCUGACUUGUUUGAUAGCCAGGUAAUACCUGACUUCCCUGGGAAGGAAAGUGAAGAUCAGACUCUCAUCUUAAAUAGUACAUCAGUUGAGAAUAUUGAAAAUGAUGAGGAACAUGAACAACUGGUAGAUUCAUUGGCUGCUACUGGCAAGCCCUAUUUGGAGUCUUUCCAAGCUGAACUGGACUCUUCCAAAAUUGUUACCACCCAGCCAUCUGAGCCCACACCUGCAAAAAUGGCCAAGGCGGAGAAGAUUCCUCUUCAGAUGGAAGAGCUGAAUGCCCUGGCUUAUUCCACUGAUGUAUCUAUUGCUACGGAACCAAAACCAGGAGACAGCAAAGGUCUCUCACCCAUCGAGUCUUCUCCAGUCUCAGUAGAAGAAGACUUUGUGAUGCUAGUUGAUCCUAAAACUGGUCCUGAGUUUGUGGCAGAAGUCACCGACAGAGAAACGAUGCACAAAAAUGAACGCGAAGAGAUCAGUCAUGAGAUCAAAGAUGAGAAGAGGCAGCUGCCUUGCCCGGAGCUGCCCUGUGAUCUGUCAGUAAAGAAUGUAGAAGUGAAAACUGAAGAAGAUGCUAAUGCCUUGAGAAAGUCCUUGCAGGCUAUGGACAGAGAAGUGCCUGAAGUUUCCAUGGUGUCCUUACCAGCCGCAGAUACCUCACCUUUACCUACUGAAAAAGAGAUAGUCAGUGUAGGAAAGCCAGAAGCUUUUGAGAAGGAAGCUGAGAGAGAAGCUGCUUCUGCUAAGGAAAAGGAAAAACCUACUGCAGUCUUUUCAGCAAAGCUGAAUAUAUCUUCAGUUGUUGACCUCCUUUACUGGCGAGACAUUAAGAAGACAGGAGUCGUGUUUGGUGCCAGCUUGUUCCUGCUGCUCUCAUUAACAGUGUUCAGCAUCGUGAGCGUGACAGCUUACAUUGCCUUGGCCCUGCUUUCUGUGACCAUCAGCUUUAGGAUAUACAAGGGAGUUAUCCAGGCAAUCCAAAAGUCCGACGAAGGCCACCCAUUUAGGGCUUACUUGGAGUCUGAUGUAGCUGUGUCCGAGGAGCUGAUUCAGAAAUACAGCAAUGUUGUGCUUGGUCACAUCAACGGCACAGUCAAGGAGCUGAGACGCCUCUUCCUCGUCGAUGACUUGGUUGAUUCUCUGAAGUUUGCAGUGUUGAUGUGGGUGUUCACUUAUGUUGGUGCCUUGUUUAAUGGUCUGACGUUACUGAUACUGGCUUUGAUCUCGCUCUUCAGUGUUCCUGUUAUUUAUGAGAGACAUCAGGCCCAGAUUGACCAUUAUUUGGGACUAGUGAACAAGAAUGUCAAGGAUGCGAUGGCAAAGAUCCAAGCAAAGAUCCCUGGGCUGAAGCGCAAAACUGAGUAAAAAGCCCGAAGCAACUUAUGGAUAGGAAGUUCAACUUUUAAGGGGGAAAAUACUCAUUUGGAUUUACAUGGGGAGGGUCAGGGAAUAGCGAAACCCUUGACAUUGCAGUGCAAUUUCACAGAUCUUUAUUUUUUAGCGACGCAGUGUUUGAGGAAAAAUAACUGUUUUGACUGCCAUGUGUUUCAUCAUCUUAAGUAUCGUAAGCUGCUCUGUAUGGAUUUAAAACUAAUCAUCUUUCUUUAUCCUGUGUGCAGCACUGGCUAAUACAAAAGAUUGGAGAAAGCUGUACAUUUUGCUUAUCAGAGGUAGGCGCUGCUGCGUUCCAGAAGAGGUAGUGCAGGUGGAGCGGAGAACACUUCCCAGUUUGUGCACUGUGUAUGGUCUGUGUAGAUUGAUGCAGAUUUUCUAAAAUGAGAUGUUUUAGAAGAAUAUACCAUUUUAGCAAGUUUUGAAAAAUCUUGCCUUUUUGGUAUGAGUAUAGCUGUAUUGUGAUUUUAUUGUUUUAUCAAUUGCCAAUAUAUAUAUAUAUAUAUAUAUGUGUUUCACAAAGCUUAGAUCUUUCAGCUGCUCCACAGUGCUUCAUACGUCAGAGAAUUGACUGAUUCUGGACUAGCUCCAUAGCACACAAGCUUGAGAAACUAAAACGUCUCUGUAAACACUAGCAUCUGUUUAAAAGAAGCAAAAAAAAAAAAAGCAAUGAACAAAGGAACCUCCACGUAAAUUAAAAUGACAGCAUACACUUGGUUGCGCAAACGUACAGUAGUUAAUUUUGAGCAAAUAAUUCUACAGUCUCUCAAACUCUGAUCAUAUGUGGACUGAAUAUCUAAUGCUGCAAAUGUUGUUUGGAAACUUAAAACCUUGUUAUGCAAGAAAUGGUAAAUGAAAAUAUAAACACUUGCAGUUUAAGCUGUAUUGAACUAAGUCUGUGGAAUGCAUUGUGAAAUGUAAAAAAAAAAAAAAAAAAAAAAAAAAAAAA